CAAACCCACGGACUUGACUCCCCACUGAGCACAGACACCGCAGCGAAAGCUUAGGGAGAGGAAAUCUACGAAGAUGGGGCGUAGGCUUUCGAUUUGGUCCGCUGUCUUUGUUUUCGCUUUGAUCGCUUCGUCGAUCUCCGCUGAAGAGGCUGAAUCGAAGGAGCAUGUGUUGACGUUGGAUCACUCCAACUUUGAUGACGUUGUUGGCAAGCAUGAUUUCAUCGUCGUCGAAUUCUACGCUCCGUGGUGUGGCCACUGUAAGAAACUCGCUCCUGAGUACGAGAAAGCAGCAUCAAUAUUAAGUAGUCAUGAUCCUCCUAUUGUUCUAGCGAAAAUUGAUGCAAGUGAUGAAGCUAACAGAAAGAUUGGUACCCAGCAUGAGAUCCAGGGUUUCCCCACCCUUAAAAUUUUUAGAAAUGGUGGGAAGGGUGUUCAGGAGUACAAGGGACCUCGUGAGGCAGAUGGUAUUGUUGACUAUUUAAAGAAGCAAAGUGGUCCAGCUUCUGCUGAGAUAAAAUCUACUGAAGAUGCUAAUAAACUUAUUACUGACAAGAACAUUGUUAUUGUUGGCGUGUUUGCAAAGUUUGCUGGGGAGGAGUUUGAGAAUUACACUGCUCUGGCUGAGAAGUUGCGCUCUGACUAUGAGUUUGGUCAUGCUUCAGAUGUUAAGUACCUCCCACGUGGUGAAUCAUCUGUGGCUGGGCCUUUGAUUAGGCUGUUCAAGCCGUUUGAUGAACUUGUUGUUGAUGUUAAGGAUUUUAAUCUGGAUACUUUGGAGAAAUUUGUUGAAGAAACUACUGUGCCAACUGUCACUAUCUUUGAUAAGGACCCAAACAAUCAUCCUUUUGUUGCCAAAUUCUUUAACAGCCCAAAUGUGAAGGCAAUGUUAUUCAUGAACUUUACCAAUGAAGUUGCGGAAGCUUUGAAGACGAAAUAUCGUGAAGUUGCUGAGCAAUACAAAGGGAAGGGCAUAAGCUUUCUAGUUGGAGAUCUUGAGGCCAGUCAAGGUGCCUUCCAGUAUUUUGGACUCAAAGAGUCGCAAGUGCCUCUCAUCAUCAUUCAGGCUAAUGAUGGUCAGAAAUAUUUGAAGCCAAAUGUGGAGCCUGACCAGGUUGCUUCUUGGAUAAUGGAGUACAAGGAUGGGAAUGUUCCACCAUUCAAGAAGUCAGAACCUAUCCCAGAAACGAAUGACGAGCCUGUGAAAGUUGUGGUUUCUGAAAGUCUUCAGGACAUUGUUUUCAAGUCCGGUAAAAAUGUUCUGCUGGAGUUCUAUGCGCCAUGGUGUGGACAUUGCAAAAAGUUGGCUCCAAUUUUGGAUGAAGUAGCAAUCUCAUAUGAAAGCGAUCCCAACGUUGUCAUUGCAAAGCUGGAUGCAACUGCAAAUGACAUCCCAGGUGAUGCUUUUGAAGUCAAAGGUUACCCAACCCUGUACUUCAGUUCAGCUAGCGGAAAAUUGACACAGUACGAUGGCGAUAGGACAAAAGAAGGUAUCAUGGAAUUUAUUGAGAAGUAUCGGGAUGAUAAAACUGCUGCCCAGGAACCCAUCAAGGAAACCAGCUCAGAGGAACCUGGAAAGGACGAACUUUAAUAUAGUUGCUAUUUACAGUCUUAGAUCAGUUUUGGGCAAACGAUGUUAGAGUUGUUUAGCUUGGCCUAGCGGAAUAAUGUUUACUUCAUCAAAACAAUAAGUUAUCGUAGGGGGAACAAAAAGUAGUAAUGUGCUUCUGUGUUUUUUUUUUGUUACUCGUUGCUUAUUGCUUAGCAGAAUUCCAUCAUUUGCACAGUGAUGAAUGUGAGAAACUGUUUGGAAUCGGAAAGUCCCCUAUUCACAUGAACCAUGGAAAGAGUUCAGAUUUUCAAUUUCUUAGAACGUAGUGAUGGUUAGUGACGACUGUGGUUACUGAAUAAAA